AUGCCGGAAACGUAUAGUUUUUGUCUGAUGAUUGUUAAUAUAUUAUCAAGUCAUCCAAUUUAUUCACUUAUACGUGCUGAAGCAACAUUUCCGAGCUUUUUAUCAUUUAUUCCGAUUUUGAUGGAAAGUUUUGCCGUGAAAUUAUCAGAUUCGAAAGAAACAAGCGAAAAUGAUGGUGAAAAUAAGAAUGUCAACAAAGCGGAAAAGGAUGCCGUGAAAGAAUGUCAUAUGGCGCUUAAAUGGGCGUACAUUAGCGCCAUACAACAUUUAUACAAAGGAUGGUUGAUAAUUUUGCAAAAUUUACAAUUUAUCGAACAAUUGACAACUUAUUGGCUUGAUUUUGCUAAAAUAACAAAUGGAAUGAUUUCAUCAUUUACACAAACUGUAUUUUCUGUUCCAUUUGGUGAUCGAGAAGAGGUAUCAGUACCGUUGCCGGAUCGUGAAAUUUACAAAGAAAUAUUGAUAAAAAUUGGAGCUUUUUCAUCAUAUUUUUUGGAUCAAACAUUAUCAAAAACAUUCUCAAUGCUUGUUGAAACAGUGGAAGAAUUUUUAACAACAAUGGAAAAAGAAAUAAGCGUUGAAGAAUUGAAUAUGUGGCGAGAAAAUAUGCAUUGGAUUAUGCUUAUUGUUGGGCAUGUAUUAGUACAGGAAGAUGAUGAUCGUAAUUGUGUAUUUCAAAGCAAAUUAUUAGUUUAUUAUGCGGAAACUAUAGUUGGAGAAAAUAAUAAUAUCAAUAGUUAUGCACCAUUUAUUGAAGCAUGUAUCAAUACACCUCAAGCAUUAACUGAUCCACCGGAUGUUGAUAUUGUGAUCAAAAUGAUUGGUACUGUAUUUGCUUGGUGUUCAAUUGAGGAUGAAUUACUAAAAGAUCAUGGUGUAACAGCAAUAAGUGUGGAAUUAUGUGGUACAUCAUUAUGGUGCGCAAAACGAUUAAUUUCCGCUCUUGGAUUAAAUAUGCAAAAAUCGAAAGGAAACAAUCAUUUAGCUAAAGUAUCACAAAAUAUAACACAAAUAUUGGUUGAUUUUUCAUUACAAAAAGCAUUCCGAAUAUUUGAAAUUAUGCCGGAUGAAAAAAAAACAUGUAUGGAUGCUAUUGAAUUACUUUCUGCUUUAGCAAAGACAAUGUAUUGUGAAACAUCAAAGAGUAUUCUUUUAUUUUCCUAUUUAUCAACUGUACAAAUUGAUCAAUUAUCAAUGCGUACAUCUUUAAUCAAAGCAUUAGUACAAAUUGGUAGUAUAAUUGAUGAUGAAAUAAAACAAAGAACUUUAUUUCAAAUGAUUUUAAUACCUAUACGGAUUAAAUUCAUAUCAUUAUGUGAUAAUCCAUCAGGAACGAAUGAAAAUAUUGAUGAUCUAUUGGAUUGUUUUUGUGCUGUGAUUGAUGCUGCUCAAAAAUGUUCCGCAAGUUUUUUACUCGGAUAUCUUGAACCAGUUUUGAAACGUUCCGUUGAACUAUUUUCAGUAUACAAAGAUUCAUUACCUACUAUUAAUGCUAUUCUGCAAUUUUUCGAUUGCUUGACAAAACGAAUGCAUUUAUUUUGUGAUAAUCACAAUGAUACAUUAAUGCUUUAUCAGGUGCUAUUUGAUAUUGUUCAAAUUUAUGAAAUGCAACAAACAGAACGAUAUAAAAAAAUGGAUAGUAAAGAAAAAGCAUCCGAUUUAAUUCUUUUAUUGGAUAUUCUUACAAAUACUUUGAAUAGACGAAGUCGACCGAUCGAUUUGUCAACUGGUGAACCAAAAUUUAAGCAAACUCGUUCAGAUAUCAUUGGUAUGACAUGGAAUAUGUUAUUGUCAAUAAUGCGAUUUGAUUUCCUCAAAUUGCCACUAUUACGUAAAAAUUUUUAUCGUUUUCUUGAAUGUUCAACAGAAGCAUCACCUGAAUGUAUUAUAAUAUUGUCACAAGAAAAUUUUCUCUUAUUUGUCGAUUAUCUUAAACGUGGUUUACAAACAGAUGUGGAAAAAGAUGAUUUAUUAUCAACAUUAAAAGAUCGUUUUGAACAAGAGGUUUCAAUUAAUGCAGCACGUGCAAUAGCUAAUUUAGGUUUUUAUUUUGCCAAAAAUUUAAAAAGUGAUGAAACAAUUAAAACUUUCUCUACACUUAUUGAUCCUACAUUUACAAUAUGUUUGAAUACUAUGUGGCAAGAAGAAGCGGAAAGUUUAGCUACAUCAACAGCCUUAUAUUCGUUAUUGUGUUGUGAUGAGGAUGGCUGUAAAAUGUAUGUUAAAAAUUUAUUAUCACGUGAAGUAAACCAUCCAAACCGAUCAACUCUACGAGCCGCAUUUCGUUCAUUGAUGUCUCAUACUUCAGGAAAUCAUUUCGAAAAAAGUGCAAAAAAUGAUUUUUAUGAUCGUUUGAAGGGAUUCUUGACCAAAGCAGAGGGUUUACUUGUUGUUGAUUGA